ACUGAUCUCCUAUUGGCUUGGAAUCCCAUUUGUCUGGGCCUGGUAGAGGGAGUCAUUGGUAAAGUUCAGCUUCAUACAGAUUUACCAUGGUGGCUGCUUUUGAUUCGUCAGAAAGCAUUGAUUGGUAAACUUCCAGGAGAUCAUGAGGUUUGCAAAAUAACAAAGAUUGCAGUGAUUCCACUUUCUGAAACAGAACCUCAGGACCUUGAAUUGGAGCUUUGUAAAAAACACCAUUUUGGGAUAAACAAGCCAGAGAAGAUCACACAGUCCCCAGAUGACACAAAAUUUCUGCUGAAGACUUUUACUCAAAUUAAAUCAAAUGUGUCAGCUCCUAACAAAAAGAAGAUUAAAGAAAGCAAAGAGAAAGAGAAGCUGGAGAAGAGAUUAUUGGAGGAGUUGUUCAAAAUGUUCAUGGAUUCAGACUCCUUUUACUACAGCCUGACCUAUGACCUCACAAAUUCUGUGCAGAGGCAAAGUGCAUGCGAGAAAACUAACUUACCUCUGUGGCGAAAAGUUGAUGACAGAUUCUUUUGGAACAAGCACAUGAUUGAAGAUCUCAUCAGCAUUGAUAAUGCUGAAGUGGACUUCUGGAUUAUGCCCAUCAUUCAAGGAUUUGUGCAAAUUGAAGAACUUGUAGUAAACUAUAGUGAAUCUUCUGAUGAUGAUAAGAGCAGUCCUGAAACUCCUCCUCAGGAAUCAACUUGUGUAGAUGACAUUCACCCAACAUUUCUGGUGGCACUUAUUUCACGCCGGAGUCGGCACAGAGCUGGGAUGAGGUAUAAGCGAAGAGGUGUUGAUAAAAAUGGCAAUGUGGCAAAUUAUGUUGAGACAGAGCAACUGAUUCAUGUCCAUAAUCACACCCUUUCUUAUAUACAAACAAGAGGCUCUGUGCCUGUUUUCUGGAGCCAGGUUGGAUAUAGAUAUAACCCACGGCCCCGACUGGACAAGAGUGAAAAUGAAACAGUGUCCUGUUUUCGGGCACAUUUUGAAGAACAGCUGAAAAACUACAAAAAGCAGGUUAUUAUUAACUUGGUGGAUCAGACAGGCAGAGAGAAGAUCAUUGGCGAUGCUUACCUUAAACAAGUCCUUCUCUACAACAACGCAAACCUGACUUAUGUUUCCUUUGACUUCCAUGAGCACUGCCGAGGAAUGAAGUUUGAGAAUGUUCAGACACUGACUGAUGCCAUUCAUGAUAUCAUCCUUGGCAUGAAGUGGUGCUGGGUUGACCAAGCUGGAGUGAUUUGUAAACAGGAAGGAAUUUUUCGAGUUAACUGCAUGGACUGCCUGGAUCGUACCAAUGUUGUGCAGGCUGCUAUUGCAAGAGUGGUCAUGGAGCAGCAGCUCAAAAAACUGGGUGUGAUGCCACCAGAACAGCCUUUGCCAGUGAAAUGCAACAGGAUCUACCAGAUCAUGUGGGCCAACAAUGGAGAUGCCAUAAGCAGGCAGUAUGCUGGCACAGCAGCCUUAAAGGGUGACUUCACAAGGACUGGUGAAAGAAAGCUGGCAGGAGUCAUGAAGGAUGGAGUUAAUUCUGCAAACAGAUACUACUUGAAUCGUUUCAGAGAUGCCUAUAGGCAAGCAGUCAUAGAUUUGAUGCAGGGUAUCCCUGUGACAGAGGAUCUGUACUCCAUCUUCACCAAGGAGAAGGAGCAUGAAGCUCUGCACAAGGAGAACCUGAGGAGCCAUCAGGAACUGAUCAGUCAGCUGCUGCAGAGCUACAUGAAGAUGCUCUUACCAGAUGAUGAAAAGUUCCAUGGAGGUUGGGCACUCAUUGACUGUGAUCCAAGCCUCAUGGAUGCCACUCACAGGGAUGUGGAUGUGCUGCUGUUACUUUCAAAUUCUGCCUACUAUGUGGCCUACUAUGAUGAUGAAAUUGACAAGGUGAAUCAAUACCAAAGGUUAAGUCUUGAAGCUCUGGAAAAAAUAGAAAUAGGGCCUGAGCCUACUCUCUUUGGCAAACCCAAGUUCUCUUGCAUGAGGCUCCAUUACAGGUACAAAGAAACGAGUGGGUAUUUUCACACCCUCAGAGCUGUCGUACGCAGCCCAGAAGAAGAUGGAAAAGACACUCUUCAGUGCAUUGCAGAAAUGCUGAGAAUCACAAAGCAAGCAAUGGGAUCAGAUGUGCCCAUUAUUGAGAAGAAGCUGGAGAGGAAGACCAGUAAACCUCAUGAAGACAUCAUUGGCAUCAGGUCUCAGAACAGAGGGUCCCUGGCCCAAGGCAAGAAUUAUUUACUAAGCAAGUUCUCCUCUCUCAAUCAAAAAGUGAAACAAACCAAAUCCAACGUCAACAUGAGUAACCUUCGGAAGCUGGGCAGCUUUGCCAAGCCUGAAAUGAAAGUCAACUUUUUAAAACCAAAUUUGAAGGUGAAUCUUUGGAAGUCAGAUAGUAGCCUUGAAACUUUAGAGAAUCCAGCAGUAGAUGCUAAAGCCAGUACUGAAUCUGACACAGAAGGGUCAGAUAACGAUUCAUUCCACUCUGAUGACUUCCUGACCAAUUCCAAAUCUGAUGAGGACAACCAGCUCACUGACUCCCUGGAGAACAUAGGGCCAACAGACUAUGUGCUGCCCAGCUGUGGCAUCAUUGCCUCGGCACCACGGCUGGGCAGUCGGUCCCAGUCCAUCAGCAGCACUGACAUGAACAUCAGCAUUCCUGUCCCAUCUGAGGCCCAGGACCCCCAGGCUGGUCGCUCUGACUCUGAGGACAUUCCCAUGCCUUCUGCUGACAACGCAGACAUGGAGUUUGCUAAACCUAUUGAUGUGUACUGCCAGAGGUUUGUGCAAGAUGCCCAAAGUAAGAUGUCAGAUGUUUUGGAGGCCGAGGCUGGUUCUCAGGAGCCCCAUCACACAAUGAAUCAAACCAGCAAUAAUGUGUCUAAGAAGGCAGAAACUAAAGCUGAUGCUGCUGGAGACAUUCCUUCCAGACCAUCUAAGCUGGAUGUACAGUCUUCUGAGCCAAAUCCCCAGCUCCUAGGUGUUAGUGGGGCUGACUUGAGUAAAUCCCAUAGGAGCCCAGGUUCUGUGUCUGGGAACCAUGAGACAGGACUCCACACGACUCCUUCUCCUGCCGACGGCGGCAGCAGCAGCAGAGCUGUGUCUCCUUUUGCUAAAAUCCGCAGUUCCAUGGUCCAGGUUGCUAACAUCACCCAGGCAGGAUUGACUCAAGGGAUUAACUAUGCUGUGGCAAAGGUGCAGAAGAGCCCUGCAGAACAAGAAGCUUUAAAUGAAAUGAAACAAAAAGAACUGAAAGAAAUGUUUACGCAAUGCCAGACACGAAUAAUUCAGAUCUAGUUGCAGAUUUAGGUGUUCUUCUAGUUGGUGGCUUUGAAUAAAGUAGUAAAAGAAAAAAUGACAUUGUGGCAUGAAGUGCUGCUGGAUACUGGGAUGGAUAAUAGAGGUGACUCGUUUACAGGCAGUGAGAGAUGCAAAUGAAUUUGGUUCUGACCAAGCUUCUGAAUUCCCUCAGGCAGGUGAGACAGACCAGUAACACCCUUAUUAACAGGUAGCUUAGACACUGGGGUUCAGUCAGCAUGCUGUCUAUCUUAAUGUGUUGCACACUUCUUUUUUUGGAGACUAAUUUUGUAGCUCUUCUGAAUUAUGUAGAAAGUAUUUAUACUAACCAGGUGAUACUGCACUUCUCUGACCUUACUUACCUUGCACUACACCAGCAAAAUAACGUUCUGGUAAA